GAAGAAAAACCAUCAGGGAUUAGGAAAGUUUGGUGGUAGUGGUGGUGGAGGUACAUGUGCCCCCCAAAACCAAAGCAGCUUUUCUAAAAAUCAGUCACAUAAUUCUUUAAUUAGAAAAGGUCACAAAUUCGGAAUCUCUCUUUACUUUUCUCUUCUUCCACCACUUAAAGUCUCACCCGUCUCUCCAAAUCUCACUCAAAUUCUCUCCUAGUACUGCGAGAGACACACACAUAGAGAAUUCCUCUGUUCUCAUCAUCAACCUCUAGCGAUGGCCAAUCAAAAGAAGCAGCAGCUAGAUGUUUUCUCAAUUGUUCUGUUGACCAUCUUCUUUGCUCUUCUAACAGGAGUAGCAAGUGCAUCAACUCACUCGCACCACCACAAGAAACACCAUAAUCACCACCAAAAGCAUCAUCAUGAGCAAUUGCAACAACAUAAUCAUGAUCAUAACGGGGGUUUGUCAAAGCUGUUUGUGUUUGGUGAUUCUUAUGUUGACACAGGAAACAACCAAAAAGCUGGUGGUGGUUCAUGGAGUUUUCCGUAUGGUAUAACGUUCCCCGGCAGACCAACUGGCCGUUACUCUGAUGGCCGUGUCUUUACUGAUUUCAUAGCAUCGUUCGUCGGAGUGAAGUCGCCGUUGCCAUUCAAAUUGAGGAAAUAUGGAAAGCCAUUGAUACCGCAUGGGAUGAACUUUGCCCACGGAGGUACAGGGGUGUUCAAUACAUUAGUUCCGGAACCAAAUAUGACUACCCAGAUUGAUACAUUUACACAAUUGUUGAAAGAUGGAUGGUACACGAAACAUGACCUUAAUCACUCUAUGGCGCUCCUCUCUGUUGCUGGCAAUGACUAUGGUACCUUUCUUUUCCGCAACGGCAGUGACAAGGAUUUGCCGGCUUUCAUUACAAAAGUGGUGACUCAAAUUGGGGUAAAUCUAGUGCAAGUGCAUGGAUUAGGAGUAAAGAAAGUGGUGGUAAUGGGUUUGCAGCCACUUGGAUGUCUUCCAAGUAAAACAGCACCUUUGGCAUAUCAAAAAUGCCAAGAAUCUCAAAACACAGCUGUGGGCUUUCACAAUUUGUUGUUGCAACAAGUUGUUGAAAAGCUCAAUAAUGAAACAACUGGUUCUCCAUUCCAUGUCCUUGAUCUCUACGCUCCUUUCAUGUCUGUUCUUGACAAACAAGGACCGAAACAAAAUUCAGGGCAUAAAUUCGAGAACCCGCUAAUGCCUUGUUGCUUAGGCAUAAGUGACAAAUAUAGCUGUGGGAGUGUUGAUAACAAAGGGGAGAAGAAGUAUACCAUCUGUGAGAACCCAAAAAGUGCCUUCUUCUGGGAUGGGGUACAUCCUACACAACAGGGUUGGAAAGCAGUGUACGCGGCUAUGCAACCGUCUCUUGACAAACUCUACUACUAAAUUGACAAGUGCUUCAACUAAACUUAAAAUGUCUUUUUUUUUUUUUUUUUUUUUUUUUUUUUUUUUUUUGUGCAUGAGUUGCGAUUGUAGUGAGGUUAUAUACUUUUUAUUUGUCAAGGUAUGAGUUGAAUUCAGAUUGUUUGCUCUUAGCCUUUUUCUAGGGCUUUUCAUUGUUAGUACUCCAUCACUCUGCAACAAUAAUAUAUAUGUAAAAUUUCAAAUUCAGACUGUUUUAUA